CCAACAUGGCACACCACUGCUGCAACAAUUAUAACUGUAAACUUGGCAUCGCCAAUAUCUUCAGCAAAAUCCAAUUUUGGUACGCUUUGACCCGUUCCCUCCUACUGCCAAUACCUACUGCCAAUUCCAGAAGGAAGUGAACUAAAUCCUUAAAUUCUUACUGCUCAACAGACUAUAUCGGCAAUCACAAAGAAGCUUUUGCAUUUUGGGCCGCGGUGAAACACCAUGGCUGGUUUCAGCUAUGGCGGUUCAUCUCAUCUCCUUGGCGACAACUCCUUUGACUACGAGGACGAUGUGCUGCAACGCUCCGCCGACUACCCCUCCGACUACCCCUCUGAUCCCGCCUCCGCCUACCCCGGCUCUUCCUCCUUCGCCCCUCCUGCUGCCGCUUCCUUCUCUGGUGACCCCGAGAUGGACGAGCUGGUCGCUCGCAACAUCCGCGAUGUACUACAGCGGGUGGAAGCGGUAGAGGAGGCGGGUGAAGAGGAGGGAGCAGGAGGAGGAACAGCAGGAGCAGGAGAGCCAGGCGGUGGGAUGGGUUCAGGAGAUUACGGAUAUGAAGGCGAUGUCGGGAUGGCAGCUUUGGCUGCUGGCGGUGCUGCUGCUGCUGGUCCCAGCGGUCGCUCCCAGGCUCUUUCGCAGCUACAACAGCAGCGCAGACAGCAGAAACAACAUCUGCAGCAAAAGAAGCCCGGUGGCAAGCAGGCCGCUGGGCAGCCGGGUGCGGCUCCGGGACCCGGGUCCGCUUCCUCCUCCUCCGCAGCAGCUGCAGCUGCAGCCGCGGGAGGCUCAGCGGGGGCAGGCAGGGCGGGUUCAGGGGCGCUGCGGCGCUCCUCCAGUGGGGCAGGAGCGGGAGCUGGAGGUGGAGGUUCCGGAGGAGGAGGUGCCCGGCUGGUGGGGGAGUCCUCAGUAGGCGCCAGCGGAGGAGGCGGCGGCGGCGGCUCAGGCGGAGGAGGGGGAGGAGGCGGGGGUGCUGUGGCCUCCUCGCUGCUCGACGUGCCGGGCCAGCCGGAGGCCUCGCUGCGGCUGCACAAGGCGCGGCUGCGGGCGGUGGAGGAGGAGCUGGGGCGGGCCAACAAGGCGCUGCUGGACCGUGAGAAGCAGCUGGGUGAGGCGCUGCGGGAGCUCAAGGAGCUGCGGGGGCAGGCGGCUGGCUGGGCGCGGGAGAAGAAGAACAUGGAGGGGCAGCUGGACCGCGCACGCAAGCAGGCGGCGGAGGCGGAGGCGGCGGCACGCACCACCGAGUCGCAGGUUCGCGAGCUGUCCAAGGCCGACAGCCGUGCUGAGCGGGAGCGCAAGGCGGCGGAGGCGGAGGUGCGGGCGCGGGACGUGCGGCUGCAGCGGGCGCUGGAGGAGGUGGAGCGGUACCGGCAGCUGCUGGGGGAGGUGCGGGCGCAGGAGCGCGAGUCCAAGGGUGCUGCCGCCGCCGACAGCGGCCGGCUGCUGUCUGAGAACCGGCGGCUGGAGCGGCAGCGCGGGGAGCUCAUCACGGCCUUCAAGAAGCAGCUGAAGCUCAUAGAGGUGCUCAAGCGCCAGAAGGUGCACCUGGAGGCGGCCCGGGCGCUGCAGUUCAGCGAGGAGGAGUUCCUCAAGACGCUGGACAUGGGGGCCAGCUAGCGGGGGGAGGGAAGGGAAGGGGGAGGGGGCAAGCUAGAGCGCGAGCUGCACCCGGAGGGCCUGCACAGCCUGCUUGAUGACGUGUGGAGUGUGUACUGGAGCGUGCGUGUCGCUUGGCCUGUGCUGUACUACAUAUGGGAGCUAUCUUUGCGCUUGUGUGUACGAGAGCCGUGAUUCCCCGGUGGUGUGUUUUGAUGGCUUGGGUGGGUGUCCCUGUUCGAACCUGUGUACAUAGUAGCAGAGCUGUUGAUGAGAAGCUGAUGUAAACUGUUGGCUAUGGCUCGGCAGGGUAGGCAACCGGCACGCUGGCGGGCCCGUGACAGCAGGGGCUCUGGCCUUGGGGGGCGG